UUUUCAUAUUACUCAUCAUGUUGCAUCCAGUUGCCUCUAUUGACCAGGUUCUUCAGAUAGUGUGUGUACCGUAUCAGUGGCGUAUAACUAUGCUCAUGAUUGUUCUUGUCAAUGCCCUUGUAUCUAUCAUGGUGGAGACAUGCUGAGGAGCACCCUGCUGUGCGCGGCGCUGGGGCUCCUGCGCGCCCAGCCUUUCCCCUGCCCCCCCGCCUGCAAGUGUGUGUUCCGGGACGCCGCGCAGUGCUCCGGGGGCGACGUGGCGCGCCUCGCCGAGCUCGGCCUGCCCGCCAACCUCACGCACAUCCUGCUCUUCCGAAUGGGCCACGGCGCCUUGCAGAACCACAGCUUCAGCGGCAUGACGGUCCUGCAGCGCCUGAUGCUGUCCGACAGCCACAUUGUCGCCAUUGCCCCCGGCACCUUCCACGACCUGAUAAAACUUAAAACCCUGAGGCUGUCGCGCAACAAGAUCACGCAUCUGCCGGCCGCGCUGUUGGAUAAGAUGGUGCUCCUGGAACAGUUGUUUCUGGACCGCAACGAACUGAAGGACAUCGACCAAAACAUGUUUCAGAAACUGGUUAACCUGCAGGAGCUCUUUUUGAACCAAAACCAGCUCGCUUUCCUUCCCGCUCGCCUCUUCACAAAUCUGGGGAACCUGAAACUGCUGGAUUUGUCGGGAAACAAUCUGACCCACCUGCCCCAGGGAUUGCUCGGGGCACAGGCUAAGCUUGAGAAGCUCGUGCUCCACUCGAACCAGCUCGUCUCUCUGGAUGCGGGGCUGCUGAGUCGCCUGGGCGCCCUGAAGGAGCUGCAGCUGGACCGAAAUCACAUCCGUUCCAUCGCACCGGGAGCCUUCGACCCGCUCCGGAGCCUGAGCUACUUGACUCUCUCCAGAAACCACCUGGAGUUUCUGCCCUCCGCACUCUUUCUUUAUUCGCACAAUUUGACAUUCCUGACGCUGUUCGAGAACCCGCUGGAAGAGCUGCCGGAGGUGCUCUUCGGGGAGCUGGCCGGCCUGCGGGAGCUGUGGCUGAACCGCACCCGGCUGCGCACCCUGCCCGCCGCCGCCUUCCGCGCCCUGAGCGGCCUGCGGGAGUUCGGCCUGACCCUGAGCCCGCGUCUGAGCGCGCUCCCCGAGGACGCCUUCCGGGGCCUGGCCGCGCUCCAGGUGCUCGCCCUGCACUCCAACGGCCUGGCCGCGCUCCCCGGCGCCUUGCUGCGCGGCCUCGACGGGCUGCGCCGCGUCUCGCUGCGCCACAACCGGCUGCGGGCCCUGCCGCGCGCGCUCUUCCGCCACCUCCGCAGCCUGGAGCGUGUCGAGCUCGAGCACAACCAGCUGGAGGCCCUGCCCGGCGACGCGUUUGCGGAUCUGCCCCGGCUGGCGGAGGUCCUGCUGGGGCACAAUCCCUGGCGCUGCGACUGCGGCCUGCGGCCCUUCCUGGCGUGGCUGCGGCGGCACCCGGGCCUCGUGGGCCGAGCCGAGCCCCCGCGGUGCGGCGGGCCCGGACCCCGCGCCGGCCUGCCGCUCUGGGCCUUGCCGCACGAAGACCCGCAGUGCCCGGGCACCCGCGGCCCGCCUCCCCGCCCCGCCCCAGCCCCCACCCGGGCGACCCUGCCCGCGGCCCCCGUCCACACCGCCUGGGUGCCCGACGGCUCGGAGCCCUGGGGCCGCGCGCAGCUGGUGGCCCGGGGCCAACGCCAAGACCACAGCCUGUUCUGGGGGCUUUAUUUUCUGCUUUUAGCUACCCAGGCCGUCAUAACGGGGAUCAUCGUGUUUGCUAUGAUUAAACUCGGCCGGCUCUUUCGAAGAUUAAUCAGAGAGAGAGAGAGAGCUCUUGUUUGAGUCAGUGGGAAAACCUUGCAACUAAUUAAAACGUGGCCAGAGUAUUGUCAGAGGUGGCUCUGGGGGAGAAUCGAGCCAGGCUGCCGCUGUCGUCCUCUCCCUUCUCCCUCCCCUCCCCUCCCCUCCUUCCCUCCCUCUCUCCCCCCAAUCCCACCUCUGAGAGUACCUCCUCCUCCCUCCCUCUCCACAGAAGGAGUUUUUACACUUGUAAACUGUGUGUGUCUGCUUGGCCUUUGUGUACCCCUACACGGCGUGCCCCAGGGGCCAUGGAUUGUGUCUGGGCCACCGUGGGCUGCACUUUCCCCAGGGCAGAGAGGGGUCUCCUGCCGGUGGAGGAAGGGUGCAGAAGAGCCCGCCAGCUCCACGCCAGGGCCUGUCUACUGCACAGGGUGUCUGGUAAAUGUUUAUGAAAUGAAUGGAUAAAAUGAACUCGCCGGAUCCCAGUGAUGGUGGCUUUUCCCUGGGGGGCAGGAUGGAUUGUUCUCUUUAUCUACUUUAGAAAAGCAGAACUCUACCGGUUCUUUCCCUCGCCCUAUCUUUUUCUCACUUUAUGUAUCUCUGUGGGCUACUGGGGAGAGUGCUGGUUUUUUUCCUUUCUUUGGCGGAGGAAGGAGGCCUACUGACAUGCAGAGCGCAAGGCCUUCCUGCCAGGAGCUCAGCACCCAGUGACAGAAGCCCCUGGAGUCAGUGGUCCUGGCUGAGUGCCAAGGAGCAGGAGGAUGGAAGGAAAGCAGAGACUUGCGGGAGGAGGGGGAGCUCAGGGGAAGGUUGGAGCCUAUAGGGGGUUGGGUCCCCGGAGUCCCUGUGUGUGCCUGCCAGAGACAGCUGUGUCUGCAUGUGUGCGUGCUCUGUAAGUUCCUCCUUGCUACCUCCAUGGGUGAAGUAUGUCAUUGUGACACUGGGUUGGUUUCCAUUUCCUGGAGCUAAAUGCUACCUCAUUUCAAAGCAUUUAUGGAGCACCUAACACGUGACAGGGGUUCAUGAAUGUAAUGAUAAGCUUGGUUUCCAGUUUAUUAUGGUGGCAUCAUGUUCUCAUUUAGUCUCCCAGCUGAGAGCCAUAAAGCACUUGUUGCUUUAAUUGUAUGUCUGUGCUGCGAGAAGCAGUGGUUUAAACGUGGGCGGGAGAGAGAACAGCCGUGGUGUCAAAUCCCAGCUCCACCACUUACUAAUUGCAUAGGGCUUUGGGCCAGACCCCUAAAUUCUUUAAGCCUUGGUAUCCUCAUUCCUGGAAAGGGACACAUAGUACCUGCUCUCACAGAGCUUUUGUGAGAGUUAAGGGCAAUAAAUCAUGUGCUGACUUCGCCUUGCAGACAGUCAGUGCUCAAUAAAUGUUAGCUCUUAUUAUUAAAGAGCAAGCAAUUAGUCCUGCUGUCAUGAUUGCAAAAGAAGAGCUUUGAGUCGGCUUUUCCUCUGUGCAUGUAAAGGUGAGAGCAGACUUUCUCAAACGGGAGAUUACAUGAAAUCAGCUUGUCUUCAGCGGGGUUGGUCCCAGCCCUGCAUGGUCGGGCCUCGCGUGCUCACGGUCCAGAGCAGGGGGUCCUCUGAACAACGCCAAUCGGAUGCAGAGUAGGAAGACCUGGGUUCCUGGCAUUUGUACCUGGACUUCUUCCAAGCCAAGUUCAACUGGUAAAGCCUUCCCUGACGGCCCAGGCAGCCUCAAGUGUUCCCUGCUGUGUACUCCCCUCUCAGGCUACCUCGCACUAAGCACCCUCCUCACUGCCAUGUGGUUGGCUCACCCUUCACUUGGGGGGCGGGGUGUGUGUAUGUGUGUGUUGAUAUAUGCCCCCUGCACUGUAGGCUCCUUGGCCCUACCUUGUCUUCUUUAUUUCCACUGCUCCACAUUUUUGAUGGAAUAAAACCCAGACUUUUUGAUGGAAUGUGGACUCUAGUGCUAACCACUGUGUUCUUGGGCAAGCUACUGAGCAGCUCUCAAAGCCUGUUUCCUCACCAGGAGAGCGGGGAGGAUGGUGGUGCAUACCGUUGUUGCGAGGAUGAAAUGAGAUAACCCAAGCCAAGUAGUGAAGUCAGCGGCUGGUGCAUAGGGGACUCAAUGAAGCUGGCUAUUAUUUUGAUUGUGAACUACUUAAUAACUGUGGUGUUUCACAUUCCUAGUGGUGUUUUAGACUCUUAACUACACAAGUCUACAACCCUGAACAAGCUGAAAUAAUGCUUUGCCAGUUUUUAAGUUGUCUAUAAAUGAUGGGACUCUCCAUGUAGCAUUCUUCAAACUUCUCCCCUGGGCUCACUUUUUUUUUUUUAAGUUUAUUUACUUAAUCUCUAGACCCAAUGUGGGACUCGAACUCACGACCGCGAGAUCAAGAGCCUCAUGCUCUUCUGACUGGGCCAGCCAGGCGCCCCUCACAUGUUUUUGAGAUCUAUCCAUAUGAAGCAUUCAGCUCUAGUUCAUUCAUUUUAAUAGCUGCAUAAUAUUCUAUUGGGUGAAUUUUCCACAACUUAUCUGUUCUCUCAUUGAAGGAUGCGUAUUCCCAUUCUUUUUAUUCCCCAUUACUUCACAUCCUUCUGAACUCUUGAUAGUAUUAUAAUUUUGAAUUUUUUGUCAAUCUGAUAGGUAAGAAAUGGUAUCUUGUUGUUUUAUCUUACAUUUCCCUGAUAACUAGUGAAGUUGAACUUAUUUUUAAAUGUUUACAUGUUUAUUGGACUUAUUUUUAAAUGUUUAAACCUAUAAUUAAAUUUUAGAUUCCUUCUUUUGAAAAUUAUCUGUGUAUAUACAUGGGCCUAUUUAUAACAGAGCAUUUUCUUUUUUUUAUUAUUAUUGAUUUGUAGGAAUUCUUUUUUUUUUUUUUGUAAAGAUUUUAUUUAUUUAUUUGACAGACACACAGUGAGAGCGGGAACACAAGCAGGGGGAGUGGGAGAGGGAGAAGCAGGCCUCCCGCUGAGCAGGGAGCCCGAUGCUGGGCUCGAUCCCAGGACCCUGGGAUGAAGACCCAAGCCGAAAGCAGAUGCUUAAUGACUGAGCCACCCAGGCACCCCUGAUUUGUAGGAAUUCUUUACAUAUCCUGGGCACUAAUCCUCUGUAAAUUGCAUUCUUUGGAACUGUCCUUUUUCAGUUUGUGGCUUAUUUCAUUUUAUUUAUGCUGUCUUGUGUGGAACAGCAGCUUUAAUUUUAAUCUCGUCAAAUUUAGCAAUAAAACUUUAUGGCUUGUGCUUUAAAAAAAAUUUCAUUUAAGAAAUUCUUCCUACUCGGGGCACCUGGGUGGCUCACUUGGUUAAGUGUCCCACCCUGGAUUUUGGCUCAGGUCACGGUCUCAGGGUCGUGAGAUCGAGCCCAGGGUCAGGCUCCAGGCUCAGUGCGGAGUCUGAUUCAGAUUCUCUGUCCCUCUCCCUCUGCUCCUUCCACUGCCUUACUUGUGCACCCUCUCAAAUAAAUAAAAUCUUAAAAAAAAAAAAAAAUUCUUCCUACUCUCAAGUCAUGAAAGAAGUCUCCUAUAUUUUCUUCAAAAAGUUGUGAAAUUUUAUUUUUCACAUUUAGGGCUUUAGCCCACAUGGAAUUUGUUAUUUUAUAUGGUGUGAUGUAGGGAACCAACUAUAUGUUUUCCAAAAGUGCACACCUUUGUUCCAGACUGAUUGUUACCUAGCCCAUUCUUUCCACACCCCGGUCUGCAAAGCUCCCUCUGUCAUUUGUCAAAUUUCCCUAUGUGCACGGGUUGGCCUCUGGGUUCUGUAGCUUAAACCACUGGCCUGUUGCGUCUUAUACUCACUGUCUUCAUUACUGUAGCUUUCAUAAUUCUUGGUACAGGGUCACCACUCCACCUUGUUCUUCCUCAGAAAAAGUCUCAUCUAUUCUGGACCCUUUGCAAUUCCAUACACAUGUUAAGAUUAGCAUGGCCAGCUCCAUGGAGAAACCUGCUGGAAUUCUGAUAGGAAUUGCAGUGAAUUUGUAAACCACUCUGGGGGAAAAUUUGCAUCCUUUACAAUACCCAGUGCAAUUGUCUGUAAACAUGGUUCAUCUUUCUAUUUAUUUAGGUCUUUUCUAAUCUUUCCAUGAGGUAUCAGAAUUUUUUGCAUAAGAAUAUUGCACAGGGGACACCUGGGUGGCUCAGUCGGUUAAACAUCUGCCUUGGGCUCAGGUCAUGAUCUCAGGGUCCUGGCAUCCAGCACCGCACUGGGCUCCCUGCUCAGCGGGAAGCCUGCUUCUCCCUCUGUCUCUGCCUGCCACUCCCCCUGCUUUUGUGCUCUCUCUCUGUCAAAUAAAUAAAAUUAAAAAAAAAAUUUUUUUUGCACAGAUUUUGUUAGGUUUAUUUCUAGCUCUCCUCCCCCCCUUUUUGAAUUGUGGCUGUUGUAGAUGUUAUCUUUUUUAAAAAUUACAUUUUCUCAUGGUUUAUUACCAGUAUAUAGAAAUGUGAUCUAUCUUUAUGUAAUUAUCUUCCAUCCAACAAUAAUUUCAAUAAUUUGCUUCUUCCUAUUAAAACGUUACACCUUUUAUUUACUUAUCUUACUAUUUUAAAAAAAUCUAACCAGCAUUGGCUAAAACCUCCAAUACAAUGUUGAAUAGCAAUGGUCAUGGUGAGCAUCCUUAAAAGCAUCCUGAUCACAAAUGGAACACCUCAAAUGCGUCAUCAAUAAAUAUGACCUUUCUAGCUCUAGUUUACUAAGCAUUUUUUUAAUCGUGAGUAGGUGUUGAAUUUUAUUUUUUUCAUCUAUUCAGAUGCUCGUAGGAUUUUUCUCCUCCAAUGUGUUAAAGUGGUGAAUAAAAUUUAUAGAUUUUGAAAAAUAAAUUAAUUCUUGCAAUCCUAUCAAGUAAACCCAAGCCUAAUCACACAUUUAAAAAAUACAUGUUGGAUUCAGUUUGCUAAUGUUUUGUUUAGAACUUUUAUUAUCUGUUCAUUAAUGAGAUUCCUUUGAAAAAAUUUUAAAAAUAAUAUCUUUGACUAAUUUUGACAGUAUAAUCCAAAUCACACAGCCUCAUAAAGUGCGUGGGGACAGUCUCUCUGGGAACAGUUUGUAAAGAAUACGAUUACAUUUUCCUUGAAUGUAUUCCAGAACUCCUUUGUCUAGUUUUAUUGUGUGUGUACCAGUUAUCAUCACCGCAUUAAAAAUACCCCAAACCUCA